AGCUGGCAACGUAAACAGAAAAGCUAUCUUACUGAGAACCUGGCCACAAAUUGAUCGAUCGUCAUUAGUCAUCUUACCGCUGCACGCACACUAUGCUGAAGGCUGUUAUCCUGAUUGGCGGUCCGCAGAAGGGCACCCGCUUCCGCCCCCUUUCGCUGGACACGCCCAAGCCGCUCUUCCCACUGGCGGGUCGUCCCCUAAUCGCCCAUCAUAUUGAGGCCUGCGCCCAACUGCCUGAUCUCCGCGAGAUCCUGAUCAUCGGCUACUAUCCGCAGACCCAAAUGGAGGGUUUUGUGGGCGACAUGCAGGCCCUGUACAGCAGCAGCAACAUCAACAUUAGGUACCUUCAGGAGUUCACUGCCUUGGGAACUGCAGGUGGAAUGUACCACUUCCGGGAUCAGAUUAGAGCUGGCAAUCCCAGAGCCUUCUUUGUAUUGAACGGAGAUGUCUGCGCUGAUUUUCCGCUGCAGGAACUGUGCGACUUUCACGAGAAGCGGCCUGCGAGUGCUCUGGUCACCAUCAUGUCCACGGAAGCAACACGUCAGCAAUCCUUGCAUUACGGUUGUCUGGUUUUUGAUCGCAGUAGCGGAGCUGUCUCGCAUUAUGUAGAAAAGCCGAGCUCCUAUGUGUCCACCUUUAUCAACUGUGGGGUCUAUGUCUGUUCCAUGGAUAUAUUCACGGUGUUGGCACAGAUUUUUCACUCGAGAGGUCAGGAGUACAGCUGCCAGGCAUUUUGCAAUGGAAACGGAAAUGGAAAUGGCCGAGAGCAGGGGCAUAUCAAGUGGGAACAGGAGGUGCUCACGCCCCUGGCUGGAACCGAUAAGCUCUUUGCCAUGCCAGUGCCCAAUUGGUGGUCCCAGCUAAAGACUGCUGGAUCAGCAAUCUACGCAAAUCGUCAUUACCUAGGCCUGUACAAGAAAACGCAUCCCGAGAGAUUGGCCAACGUGGGAACCAAACGCGGAGAGGGCGACGGCAGCUUGAUCUGCACCGUGCAUCCGGACGUCUAUGUUCAUCCCAGCGCCACUGUUCAUCACAGCGCAGUGCUGGGACCCAAUGUGGCGAUUGGACCUGGAGUGACGAUUGGCCCCGGUGUGCGCAUUCGUGAAUCGAUUGUUUUGGAGCAGGCGCAGAUCCUGGACCAUACGCUCGUGCUGCACUCGAUUGUGGGCAGGGGCUCCACCAUUGGAGCUUGGGCUCGAGUCGAGGGCACGCCCAGUGAUCCCGAUCCCAAUAAACCCUUUGCCAAAAUGGAGAACCCACCGCUUUUCAACAACGAAGGCAAAUUGAACCCCUCGAUCACCAUACUGGGCUGUUUCGUGCAGGUGCCCGCCGAGAAAAUCCUGCUGAACAGCAUCGUUUUGCCGCACAAGGAGCUCAGUCGCAGCUUCAAAAACGAGAUCAUCUUGUGAGGAUGAUAGCGAGCUAUUCUCUUCGGUCUUUUUAUCCCUGUCAGUAUGCCAUUUUAUAUGUUUAUAUUGUGCAAUAUUCCAAAAACUAAAAAACUACCUAUUAAAUGUGUCCUAUCCUCUGACGUAACUUA